AUGAAGGUCAUAAAGGGCAGCACAUUGAUGAGGACCAUUGGGAAGACCCUGAAGAAGUGUGGAAGCCUGGGCCUGCUCCUCGCUUUCUUCUUCUACAUCUACGCCGUCCUGUGCCUGGAGCUUUUUGGAGCACUGGAGUGCGUUGCUGAAAAUCUCUUGGUGCUCUUCAAAAUCUCCACCGGGGACAACUGGAGCGGAAUCCUGAAGGACACAAUGAGACCGUGUCGGCCUCAGGAGCGCCACUGUUUCGAUUACUUCAUCUGGGCCGCCCCCUUGGUCUUCGUCACCUUUGUGGUCCUGGUCCAGUUCAUUCUGUUUAACCUCAUCGUGGCGGCGGUAAUGCAGGCGCUGGAGGAGAGCAGGAGCCAGGCCCCAGACCCGCCGAUACAAGUUGGACCGCUGAACCAGAAUGAACUGGACCCACCCGCACCGCCAGGGCAACAGGACCGGCCUGGACCAGAUCCACCCGCAGCGCCAGACCAAGGGAACCGGCCCCAACCAGAACCACCCGCAGAUCUAGUGGAGCCGUUCAAACCAGAACCACAGGAUCUAGUGGAGCCGUUCAAACCAGAACCACAGGAUCUAGUGGAGCCGUUCAAACCAGAACCACAGGACCUAGUGGAGCCGUUCAAACCAGAACCACAGGACCUAGUGGAGCCGUUCAAACCAGAACCACAGGACCUAGUGGAGCCGUUCAAACCAGAACCACAGGACCUAGUGGAGCCGUUCAAACCAGAACCACAGGAUCUAGUGGAGCCGUUCAAACCAGAACCACAGGGUCUAGUGGAGCCGUUCAAACCAGAACCACAGGAUCUAGUGGAGCCGUUCAAACCAGAACCACAGGAUCUAGUGGAGCCGUUCAAACCAGAACCACAGGAUCUAGUGGAGCCGUUCAAACCAGAACCACAGGACCUAGUGGAGACAGACUCAGAGGAUGAAGAGGAGAGUUGA